AUGCCCCCUCCGAGGCGCCGAACAGAAUCGACCUCGUCUCGGACAGUCCUCGCCUCAACUGUAGAAUAUGUCAACAAGGCGAAGAUCCAGGGCAGAAGCAAGUGGAUCCUAUAUUUAAAGGGCCUAUUAUCGUCUUUCAUCGCCUUUGACAAGCAAUUUUUCGUUUUGGCCGUUCUCCUAAUCACACUUUUGGACUCAGCCAUCGUAUUUUAUAUGCUCAAUUAUGUGAAAUGUAAGGAGAAUCGUUCAUUUUUUCAUUUUCUAUGAUUUUAUAGAGGUAUGAAGCUACUACUUGCUUUGAUUUACGACAAAAAAAAUCAAUUUUUUUCUGCAAAUGUCAUGGAUAAUAUAAUUUUUUUAAAAUUUUUAGACACGAAUAUUGAUUGGACCGCGUAUAUGGAGCAAGUCCGAAUCUACAAGUCGGGAGAGUUGGAUUACUAUCAUAUUCGAGGCGACACGGGCCCAUUGGUCUAUCCAGCCGGGCAUUUGUACAUCUACACUCUACUGAAUUAUUUGACCAAUGAUGGAGAGAACAUUGCUCGGGCGCAGAUGAUCUUUGCUUUGAUCUAUGCCAUGAACCAGUUGCUGAUUGUCAAUCUGUUUUAUCAGUCGAAAAAAGUGGGUUUGGGGGGAAAUUUGAGAGGUUUUUUGUUGUGAUAGGUGGACUUGAUGGAUAAGGUAAUAUUUUUUGACACAGAGGACUUUUUAAUGUGGGAUAAGGUUCAAAUUACUCCAUGAGGAUUAGAAUAGCAAAAAAUGACGGAAUCAAUUAGCAAAAUUGUUAUUUUUGAAUGGAUUUAUGAUGUUUCAGACAUUUUUAAGGGCAAAUUUUAGAAUUUUAUCAAAAAUGACAUUUUUUGCCAAAUUUUUGGGUUGAGACUAGUUUAAAUAGAUCCACAGCUGAAUUUACAACGUAAUGAGUAGAAAUUUUCAGGUCGGCCCAGCAGUUCUCGUCUUCAUGGUCCUAAUUUCCCACCGGCUCCACUCCAUUUACAUCCUCCGGCUUUUUAACGACCCAAUUGCAAUGUUCUUCCUCUACGCAGCUGCCAAUUUAUUCAUUUAUCGACGGUUUGGACUGGGCUGCUUGUUUUACAGGUAAGAGAUUUGAAUUUUUUGACAAUGAUUUUUAUAUUUUUAGUGUUGGAGUGGCAGUCAAGAUGAAUAUAUUGCUGUUUGCACCGGCGGUUUUCUUUAUAUUGUUGCUGCAGUUAGGCGUUAAGAAGACGAUUUUUAACUUGGCAAUAUGUGCGGUGGUUCAGGUGAGGAGAAAGGGGGAUUUUUUUAGAGAAAUUGGGCGAUGGUUAAUAGUUGUCGUUCCAGAAAGUACAUAGAAUUUUUGUCGUACGGUCAACAACGUGCACAAAAGCCCUUUUUGCGGCAUGCAUUAGGUCUUUUGCACUUGCACUGUGGGUGCGGGAAAAGGCCGAAAAAAAUCUACUCACUUUCUGGAACUCCUAGUAUAAAUUUUGGUCGGAAAUGAAGAAAAAAAUAUCCAAAAAUUUUUUGAACGCACUUUAUAAGUUUACGAAAUACGGUGUUUUGUGUAAUGUUCUUUUUACGUUUUUUUUGUACGAUAUAAAAUAUAGAUUCUUUCGACUUUGUGACCUAAAUUUUUCGAUGUAAAGUGGACCUGAUCCAGUGGCAAAAAACGUACCGUUUUUCAUACGGAAAGUAUCAAAAAUGUGGCAAAAUGCUUCCCUCAAAUGAAAAAAACUCCGAUUUCAAAAGCCCGAUCUUUUUGUGGGGGCCGUUCAAAACGAAGUUUUUUUCACUUUGAGAGGGAAGCAUUUUGCCACAUUUUUGAUACUUUCCGGAUGCAAAAUCGUACGUUUUUGCCACUGUCACUACGAAGGUGUAUAAUACAGUGUGGGACCUGAUCCAAUGGCAAAAAACGUCUCACUUUGCAUCCCGGAAGGGACCAAAAUGUCUCCAAAACCUUCCCUUCUCUAAGCUAAAAAACUCCGCUUUGAAAAGCGCGCCCUUUCCAUCAAGGCGGGCUCUUCAAAGCGGGGUUUUAUAGCUUAAAGAAGGGAUGGGUUUGGAGACAUUCUGGUCCCUUCCGGGAUGCAAAAUGAGACGUUUUUUGCCUUUGGAUUCGGUCCCUCACUGUACGGCAUUUUCAGCUGGCCCUGGGCGCGGAAUUCCUCCUCGCCCAUCCGUUCUCGUACCUCGGCCGAGCUUUCGAACUGGGCCGGAUAUUUCAGUUCCGAUGGUCCGUAAAUUGGCAAUUCAUCCCGGAGGAAAUAUUUUUGGCUCAGAAGUUUCACUUAAUCUUGCUUGGUCUGCAUGUUGUUGUUUUGCUGGUAUUCAUGUUUGGAGUCUGGUUUAGAGAUCGAGGAGGUCUCUUCAAUUUAAUUAUUGAGUAUUUGAAUACUGGGAAAUUGGUGACGUUGACUCCGCACGGUAAGUUUUGCGAUUUUUUGAACUUUUUGGGUUGGGAGGAUGAAAAAAAUUUGUAAAUUCAGUUGAUUAAGGCUGUUAUAUUGAUUUUUUGAGAUUUAGAGGGCAUCCGGAGGCAGUUUUGAUAUUUAUUUCAUCUAGAAUUAGCGAAUUUUUUCUCGUGUAAUAUAAUUUUUACUCAAUUUUUUCGAAAAAAAGUGUUUUAAGGGCUUGAAAAUGAUCGCAGAAUAAAUUCUAGGGGUUUUUUCCGGCAUCCAAAGACAUCGGCAAUGUUGAUUUACACAAAAAGCAGUUCUUUUUGCCCUAGUGUAAUAUAAUUUUUGCUCUUAAAAUACCAAAUUUUGCCCUGAAAAUUUAUAAAUUGACUUGGUGGGCCUUCUAAUCGAUUUUUAGAUUGCUGUGUUUACAUUUAGACCCCAGAUUUAUUCUAAAAUAGAAGUUUUUUAUCUAGUAUAAUAUGGUCUCAUGUGUAAUAUAACUUGAUUUCAGCACUUUGUUUUCCUUUUCAGAGGUGCUGUUCUCACUAUUCUCGGCGAAUUUGGUUGGCCUAACCUUUGCCCGAUCGCUUCACUUCCAAUUUUACUCCUGGUUUUAUCAUUCGUUGGUAUACUUGGUGUUCACUUUGUAUAAUUUUGAACCAAUUAUGUAAGCUGGAAAUAAUUUUUGAGAGUUCGGAAGGUUUCUCUUGGUUUCUUGGAUAAUUUCAGAGUUGCAUUUGAUUUUUUUUUCAUUUCAGACCAACAUUUCACGGGUUCAAUAAACAAAUUCUGGUGUGGAUUGGAUGGUAAGUGAAAUUUUGGAUCAAAAAGAUGUGAGUAAUAGUUGAAAUGGGGCAAAUUGUACUUUUUUAUGACCUGUAGUUUUUUUUGAAACACUUAGCUUGGCUGUAGCGACUUUUUUUUAGGUUUUUGCGCCAAAAAUUAUAUUAUCCAUGACAUUUUUGGUGGAAAAUUAAAUUUUUUAGGUAAAAUAAGAUAUUAUUAGGCCUUUUGAAAGUUGAUAACUAACUUUUAUGGAUUUUUACAGAAUUUUAAAUAAAAAUGAAUUCAAUUGCAGACUUAAUUUGAUCUACUUGCAGCGCUUUAUACCUGGUUUCCGUCGAGGUUGUCUUCAAUAUUUAUCCGCCUCAAGCCUGGAGUUCUUUCAUCCUGGUAGUCGGACUGGUCGUUUUAUUGAGCUCCCUCGUUUUUACCCAUCGGAAAGAAGCGAAAUAUCCGAAGAAAAUUCAUUAA